AUGACAUCCCUCGCAUCGGGACUCUUCAAGUCUCUUCCAAAGCCAAAAUACACAGGCGAGGAGGAGGAGUUGCCACAGCAUGCGCAACCACGGGGUCCUCGUGUUGUGGGCGCUGACCAGCUUGAUGAGACACAGGUUAUACUGAGGAAAACCGGCCCCCCGCCCUACGGAAAUCGAGCAGGAUGGCGACCACGCGCCCCAGAAGAUUUUGGCGACGGGGGCGCGUUUCCCGAAAUCCUUGUUGCACAGUACCCCCUCGACAUGGGCAGGAAAGGUGCUUCAUCAACGUCCAACGCGCUUGCGGUCCAGGUCGAUGCGGAGGGAAAGGUCAAAUAUGAUGCCAUCGCACGCCGUGGCCACGGCGACAACCGAAUCGUCCACGCUUCAUUCAAGGAUUUGAUCCCGCUCCGACAGCGGGUAGACAUGGGUGAAAUUUCGCUCGACAGACCAUCAGAGGAAGAAGUUGAAGCUCAGAUGGAAAAGACCAAGGCCGCGCUUGCGAGUCUGGUGGAAGGAGCAGUGCAGUCACAGAAACCGAAGAACGUCAGAGGUGGCCGACGGGCAGAGCCCACCUUUGUGCGAUACACGCCCGCCAACCAGAUGGGAGACAAUUCGAAGAAGAACGACCGCAUUAUGAAGAUUGUCGAGCGACAGCAAGACCCGAUGGAACCUCCCAAGUUCAAGCACAAGAAAAUUCCGCGCGGACCACCUUCACCUCCACCUCCCGUGAUGCAUUCCCCGCCGCGCAAGCUCACUGCGGAAGAUCAAGAGGCCUGGAAGAUUCCCCCACCUGUGUCGAAUUGGAAGAACCCCAAGGGUUACACUGUACCGUUGGAUAAGCGAUUAGCUGCCGACGGUCGAGGGUUGCAGGAUGUGGCAAUCAAUGACAAAUUCGCCCAAUUCGCCGAAGCGCUCUUCACAGCCGAUCGUCAUGCUCGUGAGGAGGUGCAGCUUCGGGCUCAGAUGCAACAGAAGCUGGCCGAGAAGGAGAAGGCUCAAAAGGAGGAACACCUACGCCAGCUUGCCCAAAAGGCACGCGAGGCUCGUGCUGGUCCCAGUCGUCGCGAUUCUGUCGCUCGCUCACCCUCUCGCAGCCGCAGUCGGAGCUUCUCACCGCAGUCCUCAAGGUCUGGAAGUCCAAGUGACGAUGAAGAAGCCAGGGAACGUGAGCGACAGCGACGCGAGCGACGACAGGAAAAUGAACGUAAAUUGCGACAAUCUCGUAUGGGUACCGAACGCCGCAUCCAGGCCAUGGCUCGUGAACAGAACCGUGAUAUCUCUGAGAAAGUGGCCUUGGGCUUGGCGAAGCCUACACAGAGCUCCGAGUCCAUGUGGGAUUCUCGUCUGUUCAAUCAGACAAGUGGAAUGAGCACCGGAUUCAACGAGGACAACCCAUACGACAAGCCGCUGUUUGCCGCGCAGGACGCUAUCAACAGCAUCUACCGACCCCGUGCUCAAUUGGAUGCCGAUGAAGAGGAAGGCGGAGACGCCGAGAUGGGCAAGAUUCAAAAGGCCAGUCGCUUCGAGGUCCUCGGACGGGCGAAGGAAGGCUUCAAGGGUGCAGCAGAUGCCGAGGAGCGACAGGGACCAGUUCAAUUCGAAAAGGACACGGCAGAUCCAUUUGGAAUCGAUAGUAUGAUUGCUGAUGUGACCUCUGGCCAGAAGCGUUACGGUAUUCAGGAGGCCGACAGUGAGGACCGAGGAGCCAAGCGGGCUCGCGUUGAUGAAGAGUAA